UCCAGGGUGAAGAAAUGGCGCUGGAUCAGAGGCAGGGGAAGCCAGUAGUGCAAUGCCCCGUCUGCUCACAGGAGAUGCAGAGCUUCAGGAUCAAUACCCACCUGGACCAGUGUCUGGGUCUCCGGCUGGGCACUGAGGAGGGAGGGGAGGCUGCUGCUGCUGCAGAAUGCAACAGCGAAGGGGAGCCCGGCAGCAAGAGAGCGCGCUUGUCGCCGGCGCGGGGCGAUGGAACGUUGCCCGGAGGUAGCGGGCGCGAGGCUGCAGCCGGCGGCGGCACCACCACCAGCAGCAACAGCAGCAGCAGCGUCUCCCCGGGACCGGCGCGGGGCGAUGGAACGUUGCCCGGAGGCGCCCCGGCAACCGCCGCCCCGCUCUCCCAGCGGCCGUCGCCGUCGCCUGGUUCCCCCGGCCGGCUCGGGAGCUCGCCUACCCGGCCCAGCCUCUCUUCCCCCAGCCCCGCCGAGGUGCAGGACAAGCUGGUGUCGUUGCAGCAACUGGAGGCCAAGCCCCUGGCGGAGAUCAUGAGGCCCAGUGCCUUGGCCGAACUCAUUGGCCAAAACAAAGUCUUGGGUGAAGAAACCCUCCUGAGGACUCUGCUGGAAUCGCAUGAAAUCCCAUCCAUCAUCUUGUGGGGCCCACCAGGAUGUGGCAAAACAUCAUUAGCCCAUGUUUUAGCCAUGAACAGUAAGAAGCAGAGUAGUACGAGAUUUGUCAGUCUUUCUGCUACAAGUGCAUCCACAGACAUCAUUCGAGGGGUUGUAAAACAAGCUCAAAAUGAACGAAAGCUAUUCAAAAGAAGAACAAUUGUAUUCUUUGAUGAAAUUCACCACUUCAAUAAAGCACAACAGAACAUUUUGCUGCCUCACGUCGAGUGUGGAACAAUCACAUUGAUUGGUGCGACAACAGAGAACCCUUCCUUUCAGAUCAACUCAGCAUUACUGAGUCGCUGCCGUGUCAUCGUUCUUGAGAAGCUGUCAGUAGAGGCUAUGGAAACUAUUCUGUUACGUGCUUUAAACUCCCUUGGGAUCAGUAUACUGGGACAGGAUAAAGAAGCUGGCUCUAUGGAUGGCAGCAAAGAGACUAAGUUGCACAUUUCUAUUGAACCAGAAGCAAUACGCAGCAUUGCCUACCUAUGUGAUGGCGACGCGAGGACUGCAUUAAAUGGACUUCAUCUUGCCAUUCAAGCAAAAGUUGCAGAAACAAAAAAGGCCCAGAACAAUAAUUUACAGAAAAAUGCCCCAUCAAAGAAGAUUGUAAUUAAGGAAACGCAUAUAAAAGAAGGACUCCAAAGAUCUCACAUACUGUACGAUCGAGCAGGUGAGGAACAUUAUAAUUGCAUAUCAGCACUGCACAAGACCAUGCGAGCCUCUGAUGAGAAGUCUGCUCUCUAUUGGCUGGCAAGGAUGCUAGAAGGUGGUGAGGAUCCACUGUAUGUAGCACGGAGACUGGUGAGGUUUGCCAGUGAAGAUGUAGGACUAGCAGACCCUUUGGCUUUGACCCAGGCGGUAUCUGCUUACCAAGGAUGCCAUUUUAUAGGGAUGCCUGAAUGCGAGGUUAUUUUAGCACAAUGUGUAACAUACCUGUCUAGAGCACCAAAGUCUGUUGAGGUUUACAUGGCAUAUGAAGCUGUUAAAGAGUCUCUGAGGAAUCACAAAGGCCCGUUGCCUCCUGUCCCACUGCACCUAAGAAAUGCACCUACAAAACUCAUGAAGGAUCUUGGCUACGGAAAAGGCUAUACGUAUUGCUCUUUCAGCAAGCCGGAAGACAGUCCCUGUCCAAGUAAAGAAUAGGCGCUUUAUUGCAAUGGGCUCCCCCACAACCUCCCAUUUAACAAAGACAGUUCUAUUGUCUUGGUCAAUCUAACAGUAGGAAGUAAUGCUGUGAAAGAAAUAUCAACCAGCAAGAGAAAGGAAACUGAUGUACAACUGCAAUCAUGUUACUUCUGUCAGCACCCCCUGCCAAUUUCAUCUCGAGCAUAAUCUUUCUAAAAAGGUAGAAAAUUGAAGAGAAAAGUUUAGGAGUAAGAACAAAGGACCGCAACCAAACUUUGGCAAUCCAUUCCAUUUCUUUGAGGGACCCUCUGGUGUCACAGUAGUUAACAGCUGGAGACCAGUUGAACUCUUGUCUAAUUAGCACAUCAGUGAAGAAAGAUGAAUAUUUUACUGGACUCAUGAAGAUAGACAAGUAAUUGAGUUUUUGCUAUUCAUACAUGUCACUACACCGUCGUGAGCUUUUUGCCUAAAGAUACACAGAAGAAACAAAAUCAAAGGUGCACUUUACUGCUGGAAAUGUCCUGUAUUUUCCCUUGAUAUUACCUAGGAGGUAUUGGCUUAUCACAUUCUCAGACCAUUCUAAAUUCCUUUACGUACAAUGAUUAUUUUGAAGUGUAGCCUCUGUUGUUAGGCACACAGGAUCACAAGGCUCCAUAAACAAAAAAAAGCUGGACAGGAGUAUGGAUGCCUAAAAGAGAUUAGAUUGAUACUCCAUUAGCCAGAGUUUGCACCCAGCAAAAUUUCUGCUUUUUAAUGGACUUUCUUUUCUAGAAACUUAAAUUCCACGCAAAUGCACAGAAUACCAAGUUCACCAUCAUUGUAACAAGAUUAAUAAUCUGGAGAACCCUUGGGGUUGUUUUUGGAAAUGGAGAUCUUUUUUGGUGUAAUAGAGGAUGAAUUGGAAUUGAGACCCCUUGUUAAGGCAGAAUAAAAGUAGCUUUACUGUGCAUUUGCCCCUGUAUUGGUACCACCUAGCUCGAUCUUCAUCCCCAACAUAGACAUCCCUCACCUUGAUCAACAAAAAAAUUCAUCAGAAACUUGUAUCUGGUUUCUCGAGAUGAGGUAACCCAUUCAUAAAGCUUACAAAUGGCUGAGGAUACAAUGAGAGGAAAAGACCAAUGUUGUGAUUGUAAAAAGUUAUAUGCAGGUCUAUAGAGUAUAUUUUCAAUGAUUUUUUUCAGUGUUCUUAUUUGUACAGUUUUGCAAAUUGUACAUUUUCUAAACAAUUACAAUAUGUAUUAUUGGUUAGUUUACAAAAUAUAAAAUUUUUCAUUAAAUAUUUGCUGGUUAUCCUGAAAUUUGUUCCACCCAUAUCUUGGAAUUUUGGUUUUGCUUCAUAUCCAAGUUGGUGUCUAAUAUUAAAUAAAACACCACGGCAGAUUUGUCAAAAAUGUCAGGAAAGCAUUUAAACUAUAUGCAACAACAACUUGUAUUUCUAUAGCACCUUUAUCAACUCAGAUGUGUCAUCAAAUAAAAUAUUGUUUAAAAA